CAGCACAGCAAAUAGCACUCAGGAAGCAAGUACAGCAUAGCUGUUCUGCAAGCAGAGUGGUGAGAAUAAUUAGAGAGGUUAGGAAAAAGAGAGAAGAGAGGGUCUUGAUUAAGGAAUACUUACACUCAUCCAUCAGAAGCAACCCUACAGGAGAGAUGGAUCCCAGCAAGGCCUCUGCUCCCCCUCCUGGCUGGAAUCACGAUGACAAAGCAGGAAUGGCUCAUCCACCACCACCCUACCAAGACCAUCUUCAGUACCCCAAUCCGGGGGCUUACCCGCCCCCAGGGGCCAUGCCUCCCCAAGGGGCCUACUACCCACCUGGGCCUGGGGGUCCUCCAGCAGGAGUCCACAUGGGCCAGCCUUACCCUCAGGGCCAAUACCCUCAGGGCCAGUACCCCCAGGGAAACACGGUUAUGGUCCAGCCUACGACGGUGUAUGUGACCCACUCACCUCUCAUCAAUCCGGUGCCGGACUACUUGGGUUAUUCCAUUUUCACUAUGUUGUGCUGCUGCUUCCCACUCGGCAUUGCGGCCCUCAUCUUCUCUAUUUCUACUCGUGAUGCCAAUAGCCAAGGCAACCGACCGAUGGCUGAGAAGAACUCCCAAACAGCACGGAAACUGAACCACGCCGGCCUCGGCAUUGGCCUCACCAUCAUCAUCCUCUACAUUGUCUACACUAUUGUCUUAUCCAGUUAUUAGUCCUCUUCUGGAAAGUUCCAAAGGGAUGGCUGUGUUUCCUGCACAGCAAACAAAAAGGAUUACUUGUUAUGUCUUCAUAUACGACUUAGUACACACCAUCUUGUAGGUUUAUCUAAGGUGACAGUAUUUGCCAAAAUAUGACAUGUCAUUAUUCACAUGGACCAGGAUGAUGUAUAAGUACAUCAUGAAACAUGUUGUCUUUAGAAGUGCCAUUGUCUGGGCAGUGGUCUUCUGACCACUCGUAGUGUUGUUGAGGUAUCUUUCUUACAUCACUUACAUUGGUCUUCUGAACAGUUCAUUUCCAAUUCCUUUCCAAAGACUCUUGUUCAUAUAUGUAUAGGUUAUAACAAUAACUGAUCAUAUGCAUUUGUUUGUAUGCCUUAUGUCUGUUCAAAUUAUUCUGCGAUAUUCAUUUUGAUGUUAAAAUGGCAUCCAAAAAGUAGUGUCCUGAUGUUUAGUCGAAAAUUAUAGCAUCACAUUCUAAACUAUUGAAGACUAUGUAAGAUAUUUUUUUAAUUUCAAAAUAUGUAUCUCCCUUUACAAUGUCACAUGUUUUUGUAUAGAUACUAUGAAUGUUAUUUUAUUUCUUAGGGCAGAAUAUUAUUAGAUCAUAGAUCAUUGAUAAUAGACUGAACUAAACAUUCAUCUGCUCCCUUUCUGCACACCUUGCACAUGUAUUCUGUCUAGCAUGCUGUGUAUUUUUGUGUAAAAUAAAUAAACACACAAUAAUGCA